AUGGAUAAUCAGGACACUCAUAUAGAUAAGAAACCUAGAUUAGAUAUGUCAGAAGAAUCAAAGCAAGACCAACAACAUAACAGUUUCGCAGCAGUGGGCGAACAAGCACAAAAUAUUGACAAUGAAGUUAGACAAACGGGUGCAGCCGAUGCUGAGGGCCAUCCAGUGCAGGAAGUUGAAUCAUUAUGUAUGAACUGUCACGAGAAUGGUGUCACUAGAAUGUUACUCACUAGAAUCCCAUUCUUUAGGGAAAUCAUCAUUAUGUCCUUUGAAUGUCCACACUGUGGAUUGAAAAAUAGUGAGAUCCAACCAGCAGCCCAAAUCGCUGAAAAGGGCUCUAAAUACGUAUUGAAGGUUGAAGACGUAAAGGAUUUCAACAGACAAGUUGUCAAAUCGGAAACUGCUACUGUUCGAUUUCAGGAACUAGACAUUGAAAUUCCUCCAAAACGUGGUCAACUCAUCAAUAUUGAAGGAAUCUUACAAGAAAUGAUUACUGAUUUGGAAUCUGACCAAGAAGAGAGAAAAAAGUUGCAACCAGAAUUAUAUGAACAAAUUGGCAAAGUGAUAGACAAGAUCAAACUGUAUCUCAAUGGAGAACCAGGUACAUUACCCUUGACUGUUAGCGUUGAUGACCCCGCUGGAAAUUCUUGGAUCGAAUAUAAACCAGGUGAAGCUGCACACAAAUGGGCAAUGUAUGAGUACCAAAGAACCGAUGAACAAAAUGUCUUUUUGGGCUUGAUCUCAGCUGACGAGGUUGCCCAACGUCAACAACAACAACUAAAGGAAAAGGAAAAAGAAAAAGAAAAAGCAUCUCUUGAAGCCAAAGGUAAAGAUGCACUGAAUAAUACUAAUGAAACUCAACAAUCCACAUCGGCAUCAGAGACUAACCACAAUCCAAGAGCAACAGGGUUCCUUUCAGACGCAACCGAUAUCGAAAACUUUGAAAAUGAAGUGCAAACUUUUGCAGCCACAUGCUCGACAUGCUACAAACCUUGUGAAACCCACAUGAAAACUGUCAAUAUCCCACAUUUCAAGGACGUUGUCCUUAUGUCAACUGUGUGUGACAACUGUGGUUACAAAUCCAACGAAGUGAAAACCGGAGGUGAGAUUCCUGCAAAGGGUAAGAAAAUCACAUUGAAAAUUGACGAUCCAGAGGAUUUGAAAAGAGAUAUCUUGAAAUCCGAAACUUGUGGAAUGAACAUCCCAGAAUUGAACCUUGAUUUAACACCAGGAACAUUGGGCGGAAGAUUUACCACCAUCGAAGGUCUUCUCACGCAGGUAGCACAAGAAUUAAACAGCAGGGUAUUCACUCAAACAUCAGACUCGAUGGAUGAGGUUACAAAGCAAAGAUGGGUAGAGUUUUUUGCCAAGUUGCAAAGUGCAAUUGACGGCAAGAUUGGAUUCACCAUAGUGAUGGAAGACCCACUCGCGGCCUCAUAUAUUCAAAAUGUUUAUGCACCAGAUGCGGACCCAAAUAUGAAGAUUGAAGAGUUUGAAAGAACUCAUCAACAGAAUGAAGAUUUGGGAUUGAACGAUAUGAAGACCGAUUGA